AUGACGAUUACGCUUAACCAUUCCCAACUGGGCGACAUUCGAGGACUCAGGUUAGAUGGUCAAGGAGUAGUGCAAUACCUCGGCAUUCAGUAUGCCAGCCUGGCUCAUCGAUUUGCUGGUCCAGAACUAAGAACCGAUUAUGGAGGAACAAUAGACGCGACAAGUCGAGGCCCGACUGUAGUUAGACCCCCAUUGGCCUGCGACAUUGAGUUUGGCCUGAUUCAGAAGACCCUUGUCAAGCCCGAUUACCGUCCUAUGUCUGAUCUCAAUGGCUUGACUCUCGACAUAACUGUGCCAGAAGUGAACACUGACGAGAACAAUGCAAAACUUCCCGUGCUUGUAUUUAUCCAUGGAGGAGCAUUCAUCAUCGGUGACAGUGGGGCUCCGCAUUAUGAUAUGGCUGCCAUCGUCGCAUAUUCCCAAUCGAUCGGGAAGCCCAUUAUCGGCGUGUCGAUCAAUUACCGACUCGGAGUUGCAGGAUUCCUGGACAGUAAAGAGAUGAGAGCGACAGGUAUCCCUCCAAAUAGAAGUAUCCUCGAUCAAAAGACAGCAUUUCAAUGGGUUCGUCGGAAUAUUGGCGGAUUUUCAGGCGAUCCAACUCGCAUCACUGCCAUUGGCCAGAGCGCAGGAGGCAGCUCCAUCAUGCACCUCCUUGACUUGGAUUUACCAGGAGAAAUCCUUUUCGACCGCGCCAUUUGCUUGAGUGGAAACAACCUGGCUGUUCCUUCAUCCACCAAACACGUUGCCCAAGAUGCUUAUAAAACGAUACUCCAAUGUCUGGGGAUAGACUCAACACUAUCGAGCGAAGACCAGCUCGCAGCAUUGACUGCCGUAUCUCCGGAAGACAUUCUAUCCAAGAUUCCGCUUUCAAUUCCUCUUCAGCCGGUUGUAGAGACAGAUCAAUUGCCCUCAUUCCGAUCAGUCGAGACUCAUUUGGCUUCAUCUCAACAUAGACCGCCUCUACUGAUUGGCUCGACUGACUUUGAUGCAGUCGUCUUUGAAGUUCUGGGCCUUUUUUCAGACCGAGAGCAGGGCUCUUUGGCUCGAGACUUCACCAGAUCUUUGACGAAGACCAUUCAUGAGGAGCACCACGCCAGACUGGAGAGCCUUCUCAACUUGUAUGGAAUUUCAGAAGCAGACGACGAUGAGAAAACCCGCGUCAAGAUUCUCCAGUUCGGGACAGAUCUAAAGUAUUUCGCCACAUCAAAACACUAUGCUACCUUUUGGCCCGCCCAGUCAUGGCUCUAUUACUUUAACGAGUCUAACCCAUGGGAAGGGCCACACCAAGGUCGCUCAGCUCACUGUCUUGACAUAGCCUACCUCUUCCUCAACUACAAUCGCGUCAUGGGUGAUUCACAAAAGAGAGUAGCAACAGAAUUUGCUCGCGACGUCAUUGGUUUUACAAACGGGGAAGCUCCCUGGGCUGAGUUUCAUAGUUCGAAGGAGAUCAGAGUGUAUGGGUCAAAUGGGGAAAGUCAGGGAACAGGACAGAAAGCCAUGGCGGGCCCAUCUCAGGAAGUUCAAGCACUUUGGUCAGCGAUAGGUCUCGAUAAUCUGGCUCAAGCUUGGGGUGCUUACUCUGCAAAGUCGUAG